AUGGGGGGAGGCGGGAAGGGAAAACGCAGACCCCCGCAGUCUCUCCUCAGCGCGGAUGACGCCCCUGAGGGGACUUUCGCCGUGAUUGACCCGUUGAGCCAGAGACUCUUCGUGCCGAAGGACUCUAUGCGUGAUACACUUGCAAUGCACAGAGCGGGUGUACCGUCUCUGUGCCGACUCUACCUGCAGGGUCGGUGCCGCCAGGGGGCUUCCUGUUACCAGGCUCAUGCCGACAUUAAUGUUGUUAAGCACCUUCGCGAGAUAGCGCUGAGGGAACCGACGUGUUGUGAACGUCACGGUGCAAUUAGCGACACUACUUGUAUCUCACGAAACUUGAUAAUUGCUGUGGCUGGGAGUAAUGAUCAAGAACAAAUCCUCAAAACAACUCUUUCACGCGUUACAGUGACCAAAGGCCUGCGACUCUUACUGAAGCAGCAGGCCCUUGAUGAUAACUCGGCUGAAUCCACCGCCGUUGUUCCUUUUGGUUUGUUGUGCCGUCUCCAUAAUCCGGGUCCUUGCCGCUUCGGCCACGAAUGUAACUUUGUUCACCUGUGUCGAGAGGUUAUAGCCCAAAUGAGUGAACAACAAAAAGAAAAGGAAACUGGCGGUAGAGGCACGUGUGAGGCACCUUUGCCUACUGACGUCUCUGCUAUAAUUCGAUCCCCGCGGAAGACAAACACAAAGGCUGCUUUGGUGCCAAACGAGGCGGAGAUUCCUAUGGGCAUUAGCCCGUUACAGUUUUUUUCACCUCGGCCCGUCUUAAUCAGCCGUCCUAUAGCCACGGGAAUGGUGUCGCUUUCAGGCACACCAAAGCUAAGCACAUCACCAGUGCUGUCGCGUUCAUACAACUCGACCUCCUUGGGAAUUGUGUGGCGGCACAAUCCAUACGGGGUAGGAUCAUCCGCAUCCUCGGUUGUCGAGACCUAA